AUGGAUUGUAUGCGAGAUGGCUUCGAACAAGGAAAGCUUCUCGGCAAUCGGUUUGUGACAACCUCACCACUCAACCAUGGAUCCUUCGGCUUGGUCUUCGCUGCUCGUGACACUCUCACCGGCCAAGACGUAGCCAUCAAGUGCAUCACCAAGCCAGGCGCCGCCGAAAAGUCGCCCUGUCCGGCCGCUAUUGCUAUCGACGAACGCUCCGAGGAGCUGGCCAUCCACUCUCACCUCACUACCCACCCGAACAUUGUCAACCUUGUGCACGACUUCGACACAGACAACCACCAGUACAUGGUCUUGGAGUUGUGCAGCAAUGGCGACCUCUACGAAGCCAUUCGUGUCGGACGUGGCCCACUUGAGACUGGACAUGUUCGUGACUUUAUGCUGGAGCUCGUCAGCGCUAUCGACCAUCUUCACACCAAUGGCGUCUACCACCGCGACAUUAAGCCUGAGAACAUUUUCUUGACAGCCAACGGCACGAUGAAGCUUGGUGACUUCGGUCUGGCUACCACCGAUACCUGGUCGACAGAGUUUGCUGUUGGCUCAGAUCGCUACAUGGCUCCAGAGCAGUUUGAUGCUUCAGUCUAUGGGUACGGCUACUCUCCAGCUGCGGCAGAUGUCUGGGCUAUUGGCAUCGUGCUGCUCAACGUCCUUUUCCAGCGCAAUCCGUUCGCGACGCCCACUCCCAAGGAUCCACUCUUUGCCGACUUUGCUCGUGACCGCCAAAGCCUGUUCGACGUCUUCCCGAAUAUGUCGCAGGACACGUACAACGUCUUGGUGCACUCUAUGGCCUUGGACCCUGCCAACCGUUCAUUAGCUGGGGUUCGAGAGGCACUGAAUAAUGCCGUCAGCUUCACGACUGAUGAUGAGUCGCUCGAUGACUUCUGCUCUGCCGAACCACCUCCUCUGGCACCCGUGGCCACAGCGGCUCGUGAGCCUCUGCGCACGCCAUCUAUCUCCAGUCCCAACAAUGGUGAUGAGUACCCCUGGACUUCUACAGUACUCAAGACACCUCAGCGUACUUCUCGACAACUCUCCACUAUCCGUGACGAGGAGUCCGAGAUGUUCCCGGCUUCUGUCAAGUCUUCCGAAUGGCAGUAUGUCGACACCGACGAGGCAUCUCUGUCCUCCAACCUUGACUCUGGUCUCGGCAUGUCCUACAAAUCUGCCAAGUCGAUCAAGUCGGUUGCCUCGAGGCCCUUGGCCAGCUUUGUCGGCUCGCUGCCCAUCAGCUUCUCUCGCCCUGCCAACAAAACCUCAUCGCCAUAUGGUGCUACUGGCAAUGGGUUCUCCAAGAGCUGGAGUGACCUAUGGGAUGAAGAUGAGGAGAUGGAACAGCAAGAGCGGGUCUCUUUCGACGGCAUGGACAUUGAGCGCAUGGACACCGCCAAACCCAGCACUCCUCGUCUCAAAUCCAUUCGCGAGGAGGACCGUGGAAGCGUCACACCUCGCCCGGGCUUGAUUGAAGUGGAUGCCAACCUACGUACGGCCACUGCCAGCCCACUGAGACAGCUAGUCGAAGCCGACAAGAAGAGCGACCAGUCUCAGUCACCCAAGCAGCGUUCGGCAUCUAUCAUGGACAAGUGGGCUGUCCUUGGCAACUUUCGCCGUGCUCGUGCCGAGCAAGUCGUGCCUGUUGCUGCAGCACCGGUAGUAUCUGCUCCUGUCGUCACUCCUGCUGCACCGACGCCGAUCAGGUCGAAGUACACCGAUAAAUUCGCUGGUCUGACGUCUUUCAGCAGUGGCAAGAAACAGAAGACUCCCUCCCGCGAGCGUGCCACCUCUGGUACAUGGCGCCAAACCAGCCCACAACGCUUGCGUUCCACCUCCGUCAAUAACAGCCGUCUCUGGGAACGCAAGGACCCCAGCCCGACCAACGACGCCUGGGCACGAGCAGACAAUUGGCGCGAGCACAUGGGCUCGCCCGAGGCACGCAGGACCGGCCUACCAUCACCACCAGCACCCCCAGCGCAGGCCCCACUGAACAGCGCUACGCAUCACUUACGCAACUCCAACAAGACAGAUAAGAAUUUCCUUGAUAUUGAAUUAGAUCACGACGACGGCGAUGAUAUGGAGUGGGUUGGAGGCUGGCGCGAUUUCCAUGUGUAG